CAAUGGGACUCAGAUCUGGUGGAAGCAAGAUACAUAAAAGACUUGGAAGACAAUCUAAGCAUAAUUCGUUUGAGAUUUGGAGAUAACUCAAAGCCUCUCUUUCGCAAUAGAGAAUUCAUUGUUUAUGAGCGUCGUGAAACCAUGGAAGAUGGCACCUUGGUAGUGGCAGUAGCAUCACUACCAAAGGAGAUAGCAGCAGGGUUGCAUCCAAAGCAAAGCAAUGCAAUUAGAGGAUUACUGUUGCAGUCAGGAUGGGUUGUGGAGAAGCUUGAAGAUGAUUCUUGUGUUGUCACUUAUGUUGUUCAGUUGGAUCCAGCAGGAUGGCUGCCCAAGUGCUUUGUGAAUCGACACACAAAACUGGUUAUGAUCAUUGAAAACCUUAGGAAAUUAGCCCAAGCUUCUCCAACUCAUCAUGCCCAAAUAUGAUAAAUAUUUCUUUGUAUAAAGUUAAAUCAAUAUCAAUAUUAAUAUAAAAUAUAAAA